UGUAGACUUCCGCCAUUGCUUGCUGCUGGCGUUUAGCUUUCUUGGCGGCUGUUGUCUUUGUUCAAUUCUGAUUGGAAUAGUUGAUUUUUAUUACGCAGAUUACAAUUAAGUAAGCAGUUUUUUUGAAAAUGGAUGAUGAAUGGGAUGAUUGCUGUGCUGAUGUGGGUGUGGUAUCAAACAACUGCUCAAAUAUUGAUGAAGGACACAGUCUUUCUAGGGGAAGAGGAUUCCAAUCAUUUAAUGAAAAUGAAUAUGAUGACUGUAAAGUAAGCAGUAACGACUUCGGAGAACGACGGGGUCGUGGCGGACGAGGCGGGGGCCGCGGAAGGGGAGGCAGAGGUGGACGCGGCGGCGGACCCGGCAGGGAGCCAAGGGACUAUGAAAAUGGUGACGGAGAUGAUAGACGGGAUCGAGGUGAGCGUGGACGCGGACGUGGCCGCGGAGGACGUGGUGGUGGUCGAGGUGGAGGCGUGAGUGGAGAUGGCCCAACUGAAAUUGGCGAGGAUGGCGAGCCGAAAAAGCCCCCAGUAACAUAUGUUCCACCUCAACCCACUGACAAUGAACAAGAGAUCUUCAGCAGCACUAUUAGCUCGGGCAUCAACUUUGAUAAAUUUGACUGCAUUGCUGUUAAAGUCAGUGGUGAAAAUCCUCCACGUGCUAUUGAAAGCUUUGAAACUGCCAAUCUUCGAAAGUAUGUGUUGGAUAACAUAUUGAAGGCUGGCUACAAGAAACCCACACCCAUUCAGAAACACGCUAUUCCCAUCAUUAUGGGUGGACGAGAUCUAAUGGGGUGUGCUCAAACUGGAUCUGGAAAGACGGCUGCUUUCCUUCUCCCAAUUAUAAACACACUUUUGCAAGAUGAACGUGAACUCAUUGUUGGACCAAAUGGAUGUGCUCAACCACAAGUCGUCAUAGUGUCCCCUACUCGUGAGCUGACACUGCAAAUAUUUAAUGAAGCUAGAAAGUUCUCAUAUGGAUCCAUACUGAAAAUUGCUGUAGCUUAUGGUGGAACAGCAGUUCGUCACCAAGGCGAUAACAUCUCUAGAGGCUGUCACAUCCUCGUGGCUACUCCCGGUCGUCUCCAUGACUUCGUAGACCGCAACCGUGUGUCUUUCGACAGCAUCCGUUUCGUAGUGCUUGAUGAAGCAGAUCGUAUGCUUGAUAUGGGUUUCAUACCAAGUGUCGAAAAAAUGAUGGAUCACUCUACGAUGGUCCCAAUUAAAGAAAGACAAACGCUCAUGUUUUCGGCGACGUUCCCGGAAGACAUCCAGCAUUUGGCUGGCAGGUUCCUCAAUAAUUACUUGUUCGUCGCCGUCGGUAUCGUGGGUGGCGCUAGCACGGAUGUUGAACAAAUAUUCCACCAAGUUACCAAGUAUGAAAAACAAACUACGUUGAAGAAGUUGAUUGAAGAAAAUGAUGGCAAACGCAUUUUAGUAUUUGUUGAGACGAAGCGUAACGCAGAUUUCAUAGCGGCGAUGUUAUCGGAACAACAAAUGCUGACGUCGUCUAUCCACGGCGACCGCAUGCAACGCGAACGCGAGGAGGCCCUUGAUAACUUCAAGAGUGGUAGACAUUGCAUCCUUGUUGCUACAGCUGUAGCUGCCAGAGGACUUGAUAUAAAGAAUGUUGACAUAGUAGUUAACUAUGAUUUGCCAAAGAGUAUUGAUGAGUAUGUGCACAGAAUUGGUAGAACUGGUCGUGUCGGUAACAGAGGCAAAGCAGUAUCUUUCUAUGAUGCUGACCAAGAUAUGCAACUGGCAGCUGACUUGGCAAAGAUCCUUAAACAGGCAGAUCAAACUGUACCUGACUUCCUGCAAGGAGGUGGCACUGCCUCUUACAAGGGCAACAAAUAUGGUGGCAGUGAUAUUCGAGACUUCAACAAUGCCGUGUCUGCCGUUGAUCAAGGCCUGGAGCCUGAAGAAGAAUGGUAAAUUUAAGGGACUUCUUGAUAUUACUUUCGCCAGUGCGCGUAUAAAGUGUUUUUUGUUUAAUUUUCUUUUGGUGCAUGUGAAUAGCCAGUGGCGCUUAUGCGACAAUCUUAAUUACUUCCUGGUGAAGUUAAUCCGAAUUUGUUCCCAGUUUUAGAAAUAGUUAUUGUUCUUAAUUUAGCAGGCCUCAUUAUUAUAAGACUGUACAUUAUAAAUACUAGUAUUAUAACAUGUAUGUAAUAGUUCUAAGUUUCCUUUGUUUUGAUCAAGCUAUUAUAACAUUUAUUUUGCAUAAGUUCCAUUGCUAUUAACACAAUUUGUUACACUUGUUAUGAUUCUUCAUUUUAUUAUUUAGCAAUUAGGUUUGUUUUCAUUACUUUUUUUUAAAUAUUUAGUGUUUUUGUUUUUUGUGUGCUGCUUCCAUACCUAAGAUUAGGUAGCUACAAAGGUUUGAAAUAAUGUUACAAAAUUAAAACUGGCUGAUCUGUGAUGAUAUAAGUGUAGAGUUGCUCACUUUAAAUUUUAAAAUAAAUAGUCUAUAGAUACAUACCUAGUUAUAGGCCACAAAUAAUUAUAAGUCUACUUUUAUGUGAUGUAACCUCGAGAUUCCUAUCUUUUAAAAGAUAUUUCAGUUACAAUUGGGGAAAAUCUUGAAUCUCGAUAAAAGUAUAUAAAUUACUUAAUUUAAAAGUUUUUGUUUAAUACACUGUAAGUGUCUAGGCGGCCGUUUGCCUAUAAAUUUUGUUCCGUACAAAAUCUAACCUGACUUGAAGUUUUAGAAGAAUAAAAUUUGUAAUCUGUGAUGAUUAUUAAUAUAAGUAGAAUAGGUUCACAUUUCAUACACCCGACGCCAUAAAACAUUUCAGUUCAAAAACAUGUAACAAUUUUUGAGCCAUUACAUCAAUACUCAAAAUUGAUUUUCAUACAAGUACCUGGUAACUUGUUUUUCUAUUUCAUAUGAUAUUACAACAUUUUUUACUAUGUUGCGGUAGAAGACAAAAAACCAAGAAUUAAUUAGACUUAAGACAUUAUAAAUAAAAGAUACAAUAAGAAGACACUGGUUUUAUUUG